GAGGGGAGUUUCAUAUUACAAUUAAGGAGCAGACCUGCAAAAUUGUGCGAUAAAAGGGGAAAGAAGGAUUCUCUUUAUCAACAAAACUUGUGCAGCUUGUGUAUACGAUUAGAUUCCACAAUACUUCAGAGGGAGAAAGAAAUCGAGACAGUGAAAAAUCGACAACACCAAAGGAGGAUAAAUUGCUCGAGUCUUUUAAAAAAUACACUGACUUUGGAAAAUGAGCCGGAGCCGGAAACGAGUAUGGCAAGCAGCGGCGGUCUACGGAAAAAAUCAGUCGCAGCCGGAAAUGACUGUAGCAAAGGCCGGAAAGUAGUCGAGGACAGGUACAACGCUGGAGAUUUCGUCCUUAGCUUCACUUGUUCGGUCGUCGGCGCAGCUUCUUUCUCCAGCAAGCAGUGAAAGUAACUUGGGCGGGUAGGGUUACAACUUUACAAAUUUGGAGGCGCUUGUUUCUUAAGAGCGCCGCACGCACGUUUAAUAUUUGAAAAAAAAUCGGAUAUAGAAUGUAGGCG